AUGCCCUCCACAGCAGACCUCGAGGAUACAAAGCGUCGCAUCAAAUACGGCGAGGGUGUAUACCACUUCGCCGUUGCGGGUACCGCUAGUAGCAAGAAAACAUCCCUCAUCAACGCUCUGCGCGGAUUGCGAAACCGCGAUGAUGGUGCAACUUCUGCAACGGGGAUCAAGACCACCCUCCGCGAAACGCAGUUCCCCGACUCAGACCCGAGGAAUCCCUUUGUCUGGUACGACAUUCCAGACGCGGCCACGCUUCAAGUCCGUGACUGGCAAUACUUCAACGACCAAGGCCUUUAUGUUUUCGACGCUCUCAUUGUCCUCAUCGACAAUUGCUUCACUAAGACCGACAUUGCCGUCAUCCGCAACGCAAGCCUGUUCAAUAUCCCUUGCUACAUUGUUCACUCCGAAGCGGACCAGCGUAUCCGGGAGAUAAUGAGUGAUAACGGCUACGAUAGCGACAGCGAAGCGAAGACGCUCUCGACUCUCGAGCGUGCCGCCAGAGAUCAAUUCGUUACCGCAAUGAGGGAGAGUACACAGGAGAACUUGCGCGCGGCUGGCUUGCCCGAGCAGCGUGUGUACAUUGUGUCGAGUUUAACACUGCUCAGCGCCAUCACGGGAAACGUUACGAGCACCGAGAUGGGGGAGAUGAUCGACGAAUUUGACUUCUUGACGGAGUUGUUCAGCAAAGCGCAGGAGCGUAGACCCGGAGGAAAGACAGAUAGCAAAGGCUCUUUCUAG